GCGCCCGGUAGAGGCUAUAAAAUGUACGUUUUUCUACUUUCCUCUCAGUCUUUCUUGACUGUAUAGAUACAGUCCUUUUGUCAUGUCUGGGCGUGGUAAGCAGGGAGGGAAAGCUCGCGCCAAGGCCAAGACCCGCUCUUCUCGGGCCGGGCUUCAGUUUCCCGUAGGCCGAGUGCACCGCCUGCUCCGCAAGGGCAACUAUGCCGAACGGGUCGGGGCUGGAGCGCCGGUGUACCUGGCGGCGGUGCUGGAGUACCUGACCGCUGAGAUCCUGGAGCUGGCUGGCAACGCGGCCCGCGACAACAAGAAGACUCGCAUCAUCCCGCGUCAUCUCCAGCUGGCCAUCCGCAACGACGAGGAGCUCAACAAGCUUCUGGGCAAAGUGACCAUCGCACAGGGUGGCGUCCUGCCCAACAUCCAGGCCGUGCUACUGCCCAAAAAGACCGAGAGCCACCACAAGGCGAAGGGCAAGUAGAAGCCUGGAUUAGUUUGCAGCAACUCAAUUCCAAAGGAACCAAAGGCUCUUUUCAGAGC